AUGUGGUUGGUGAUUUGGUGCUGUUUACUCGGCCUAACUUUCGCUCAGUACUACGAUCCGACAACACGAGACUACACUGAAAUUUGCAUUGAUUUCGCCGAAAUUGCUCAGGAAAAGUAUUGUCAGGUGAGUGACUCUGAAUGUUUUUUGAGAUAA